AUGUCAGCCGAAAGAAGCGCAGAUGUCAACGGCAAGGCGCCAGUCCAGCAACCUACUAACCCUGCCCGCGCACCUGGUGCGGGUCUGGUUAAUGUGCAACCGGCUCGCUUGGACGAUCUGCAACCCAAGUAUGCGCAGCAAAUCCAGCACGGUGAAGAUAACCCCGAUGCGCACGGAUGGUACGCUUCAUUCAUCCACGGACUUGGUGAAUGUCUUGGUUGCCUGGGUGCCAUUCCAUGCUGUUUCUGCUGCCCCAACCCCUUCAAACCAGUCGCGCAGGGUGAAGUCGGCCUGAUCACGAGAUUCGGAAGAUUCGAACGUUCCGUCGAUCCCGGUCUGGUCAAAGUGAACCCACUGAGCGAGCAUCUUACAGCGGUGGAUGUUAAGAUCCAGAUCGUCGAAGUGCCCCGUCAGAGCUGCAUGACCAAGGACAAUGUCAACCUGAACCUCAGUUCCGUGAUCUACUACCAGAUCGUUUCUCCCCACAAAGCCGCGUUCGGUAUUUCCAAUGUCCGCCAGGCACUGGUGGAGCGUACUCAGACUACACUGCGUCAUGUCAUCGGCGCAAGAGUUCUGCAGGACGUUAUUGAACGCCGUGAAGAGAUCGCUCAGUCGACUUCAGAGAUAAUCGAGGACGUUGCUGGUGGAUGGGGUGUCCAGGUUGAGUCCAUGCUCAUCAAGGACAUCAUCUUUAGCGAAGACUUGCAAGACUCUCUUUCCAUGGCUGCGCAGUCGAAGCGUAUCGGUGAAAGUAAGGUUAUUGCAGCUCGUGCUGAAGUCGAGUCGGCCAAAUUGAUGCGUCAGGCCGCUGAUAUCUUGUCUUCUGCACCUGCGAUGCAAAUCCGCUAUCUCGAGGCGAUGCAAGCCAUGGCCAAAUCAGCCAACAGCAAAGUCAUCUUUUUGCCGGCAAUGAACCAGACUGUGCAGCAACAAAUGGCUGCGGCAGAGAAUGCUGGCGAAGGCCCAAGUCGAUACCAACAGCCUGAUGAUGGAUUCCAGCGUGCCAUGAAUGCGCGCGUGGUCGAAGACAUCUAG